CAAAUAAAGUAAAGUAAUAUAGUAUAUGUCCAUAAGUAUUGCAAAGCUUUUUGAAGUUCAAGGCAUCACAAGAUGGAGCCAGAUAUGGAGAAUUUGAUUCCGUCCAAAGGAAUUCUCAAGAACGAGGAACUCAAAAAGUACAUCUUUGAAACGUCGGCAUAUCCAAGAGAGCAUGAAGAGCUAAAAAAGUUACGAGAAGCUACGGUUCACAAGUAUGGCAAUUUAAGCGAGAUGGAGGUACCGGUUGAUGAGGGACACUUCUUAUCGAUGCUUUUAAAAAUGAUGAACGCCAAGAAUACGCUUGAACUUGGUGUUUUCACUGGCUACUCGUUGCUCACGACGGCCCUCGCAUUGCCUGAAGAUGGCCGUAUUACUGCAAUAGACAUUGACAAAGAAGCUUACGAGAUGGGUCUAGAGUUCAUCAAGAAUGCAGGUGUUGAUCACAAAAUCAACUUCAUCCAAUCUGAUGGUCUUCAGGCCUUAGACAAGUUGCUGAGCGAGAAUCCUAAACCGGAGUUUGAUUUCGCAUUUGUGGACGCUGAUAAACCAAAUUAUGUUAACGCACUCGAGAGACUAAUGAAGCUAGUGAAGGUAGGUGGAAUAAUAGCUUUUGACAACACAUUGUGGUUUGGUUUUGUGGCUGAGGAAGAGGAAACUGUGCCAGUGCACAUGAGGGUUAACAGAAAAGCCCUCAUGGAGUUGAACAAGCGGCUCGCUUCUGAUCCUCGCAUCGAGGUCUCGCAAGUCUCCAUUGGUGAUGGUGUCACUCUCUGCAGACGCCUUGUGUGAUUAAAGAGACUCAUCAAACGUUCUUGGUUUUUUACUUAAAUCAAGUUUUAAGAAUCUUUCAUGUUUUCUUGUCUCUUUAAUCAAGUUCUUGUUCAUUUCGUGUGUGUUGGAUUAUGCUAAAGAAUAAAGAUUUGUUCCUUUUUUC